CCAGCCGUGCGCUCUGGAGAAACUUCUGGAUUACAAAAGAGCCAGAGGACUCAGAAGAAGAAGAGCCUCCUUUGCCAGCGCAGUCUCUCCGCUUUGAAGAACGGGUCGGGUUUGCUCCGGGCUCUUUCUCCAACGCCAACCCCAUCCAGCCGCUGCCCCUCUUUCGGUCCAGCUGGGUCCUGCGUCUUGCAGCGUUGUUGAAGCAGGAUGGCUAAUGGCGGUCUCCAGAUGUUGGGCUUCGUCCUGGCUUUCAUCGGCUGGAUUGGCAUCGUGGUCAGCACGGCCAUGCCCCAGUGGAAGAUCUCCUCCUACGCAGGGGACAACAUUGUGACGGCCCAAGCCAUCUAUGAAGGCCUCUGGAUGUCCUGUGUCAUGCAGAGCACGGGACAGAUGCAAUGCAAGGUUUACGACUCCCUUCUCAAGUUGCAAGGCAGUUUGCAAGCAACCCGGGCCCUGAUGGUGUCCAGCAUCCUUUUGGGUCUCAUUGGAUGUUUCGUCGCCAUGAUUGGUAUGAAAUGCAUGAAGUGUAUGGAAGACGAUGAGGUGAAGAAGUCCAGGAUGGCCAUUCUCGGAGGUGUCAUCUUCCUCAUUUCAGGCUUUGCCGCCUUAGUGGCUACCUCCUGGUAUGGCCACCUUAUCGCACAGGACUUUUUCAACCCCUACACACCCGUCAACACCAGGUUUGAAUUUGGCCAGGCGCUUUUCAUCGGCUGGGCAGCCUCCGCUCUGAGCAUCUUGGGCGGCGCCUUCCUCUGCUGCUGGUGCCCCCGACAAGAGACCUCCUACCCCCCAACUCGGCCGUACCCCAAGGUUGUCCCCUCCACAGGGAAGGAUUACGUAUAAUACGACGGGGAAGGAUGACAUGAGAUGCUGGCAUCGGACGACCCCAAGGGACACUGCUUUACUCCUGUCCUGCGCUCAGCAGAGCAAGCCUGCUUUGGCACACCACCUUCACCCACCCCCCCAUAAGUGAACUGUGCCUCUUUGUAUCCCUGCACCCAUUUCUGUUCCUGGCCGGGUCCUGCUCUCAUCCCCGAUAGGAAAAUUGAGGAAAGGAUUCACCCAGAAAUCAAACAUGCAGACGUAGGGAAUACCAUCUUUUCUUGGUGAGAGGACCAACAAGGCAGCCAUUCCCUUUUCGGGCCCUUCUUCACUCUCUUAAGGAUGGACAGUCUUCUUCUCUCUCUUUGAAACCUUGCAAUAGAGUUCUUUCGAAGGGCCAGAAGAGAGGUGGGUCUCAAAGCAGAGGGAGGGGCCAAUCCCCCAGAGAAAGGUCUGCUUGAAGAACUUACAAGUAGUCCUUGAUUUACGACCACUAUUGAGGCCAAAACGUCUCUUGCUAACUGAGUCAGUGGUUCAGUGAGUUUUGCCCCAUUUUGCGACCUUUCUUGCCACCGCUGUUAAGCGAAUCGCCGCAUCUCUUAAGUUCAUCACACGGCUGUGAAGUGAACGUGGCUUCCCCGUGGACUUUGCUUGUCAGAAAGUCACAAAAGGGGAAUCUCGUGGGCACUGCCACCAUCGUAAAUACGAGUCAGUUGCCAAGCGUCUGAAUUUUGAUCCCAUGAACAUGGGGAUGCUGCAACGGUCUUAAGUGCAAAAAAUGGCCCUAAGUCGCUUUUUUUUAAGUGCUGUCAUAACGCGGGACGGUCACUAAAUGAACUGUCGUAAGUCGAGGACUACCUGUAUUCUGCGCACGAAUGUGCUGGAGGUUCCCUCCCUCCCCAUAGACUUCCAAACGGACAGAACUGUGAGGAAUAGAGCUACCCAGGGCUACCCAGACCAGCAUCAGCGUUGGUGGGGUUCUGCAUCGUUAAAAGAAGAAUUAAGGACCCCUCCUCCAUGCUCAAUCCAACAGCCUGCAUGGCGUCCCUGGUCAGGCUUCCAUGCCAAACUUUGCACAAAUUUCAGGGAUUCCCCACUGCCGUUUUUAGUACCCACCCCCACGCUUGGGUUCUGCCCCCCUCACCUCCUUUUCUUUUCCCCAGCAACUGAGUUAAGGAGCAAAAAAAAAAGAGAGAGAGAGAGAAUCAGUGCAAAGGGCCCCUUGGAUUAGGAGUGCUCGGAAAACACCACCCCAGGAAGCCGUGGGCAUGCACAGAUGUGUUGGGGCUCGCCCAUGCACACCCACCACCCCCGUUUCAUGUUCCAAAGUCACACGAUCGGUUCACGAACAUUGAGCUACGAUUGUCGGCUGCAGUUGAACACCAGAUGCCUCCAGGGCCAUCCAAAAGCCGAAUAUUUUGAUAAAAGGUGGGAAUAGCUGGGGAGGGAAAGGGUCGGCCCUUGAGAGGAAGCAUGGCCAGGGACACCCCUGGUUUCCUACACCCCCUAAUUAAACCAGGUGCUUUAGCCCCCAAUUCUCUGCCUGUGGGGAUUUUCCCCGGGCUCGCUCUUCCGAUCUAUUAAUUCUUUCUUCCCUGCAGCUGGAAAGAAAUCAAGAUACUUCAUAAAGACACACAGAAUACAGAAUAACAGGAUUGGAAGGGAACUCGGAGGUACUUUAAUACAGAAUAGAGUUGAAGGGACUUUGGAGGUCUUCUAGUCCAACCCCCUGCUCAAGCAGGAGACCCUAUGCCAGAGGUCUUCAAACUUGGCAGCUUUCAGAGUUGUGGACUUCAACUCCCAGAAUUCUCCAGCCAGCAUAGCUGGCUGGAGAAUUCUUGGAGUUAAAAUCCACAACUCUGAAAGCUGCCAAGUUUGGGGACCCCUGCCCUAUGCCAUUUCAGACAAAUAGUGAUCUAAUCUCAUCUUAACAACUUCCAGUGUUGGAGCAUUCACAACUUUUAAAGGCAACUUCUGUUCCACUGGUUAAUUGUUCUCACCGUCAGGAAAUUUCUCCUUAGGUUGGAUCUCAUGAGCUUCCACCCACUUCUUCUUGUCCAGAAUUGAAUAUAGAAUAACAGAGUUGGAAGGGACCUUGGAGGUCUUCUAGUCCAACCCCCUACUCAAACAGGAAACUCUAUACAAUUCCAGAUGAAUAGUUGUCCAAUCCCUUCUUGAAACCUCAAGUGAUGGAGCACCCAGGAUUUCUGGUGGGAAGCCUUUCCACUGGUUGAUUGUCCUCACUGUUAGGAAGUUUCUCCUUAGUUCCAGGUUAUCUCCUUGAUUAGUUUCUUGCCCAUUGUUUCUUCUCCUGCCUUCAGGUGCUUUGGAGAAUAGGCUGACCCCCUCUUCUUUGUGGCAUCCUUCAAAUAUAGGAAGACUGCUGUCAUGUUACCCCUAGUCCUUCUCUUCGUUAGACUGCAGAGAUUGCAAAGACACAAAAACAAACAAUUUUGCUGUUGUGUUAUCGAAGUCUUGAGCACACAAGAACUGACCCAGCUUGGAGGCAUCCAGAUGUGUUGGGUUGCAAUAUCGCAGUGCAAAACAUCUGGCGUGCAAGCCAACCUAAAGAAAAACCCAGAGAUGGAACAUAAUUUUUGUAAAACCUCCAGGGAUCAAAAUGGAAAGGGGGGAAAAGUCCAUCCCACCCACCCACCCCUAUUGGCAAAGGUCCCCUUGUUGUAAAUAGAAAUAUUUCCACCUCUCUUGCUACAGAAGUGGGCUGUGAAACACACCUAUACAAACACACACACACACAAAUACACAAAUACACACAUACAAAUGCACCAGUCUGCUGCAAGGUGGGUUCCUUGUUGUCACUACCAUGAUCCUCAUGGUGUGGCUGUGAUUAAGUCUGCAAAGUUGCCAACACUUACUCGGGAGUAGACCUCACCAGUCUUAGGGCACUCCUGCUCAUGGCAAGUUGAAAGCUUUGCAAGUUGACACCUGUGCAGGAUCCAAAUGGCUUAUAUUUUUUGGACUGAGAUUGUUGGUGAACCUUGAACCAUUUUGCCACCCCGGUCUGUCGAUCAUGGGGGCACCAGCCGUGCCCCUUGGCUAAACUUCACCGGGAGGGAGGGAGGGAGGGAGGGAGGGACACACAAUUCUGUGAGAAGAAACUGUAUAAAGUAUUAACUGUUUUCAAUAAAUGUACCUUUUCAUUUUU